CAGACGUGUAGUGAGAUAUUUCGUCAGAGCUUCUUCAUCAUCAAUGGCGCUAAGACCUAUGGAAGAUGCUAUCUUCUUCAUCCUCUCUCUACUUCUUCUGUUUCCGUCUCCCUCCGUCUCAGAUUCAGCUACUGAUCAGUUUUGUAGUGCAGAGAGAGGGUAUGGUGUGGAAUCUUGUGGGCCUUCAUCGUCUUCUUCGUCGACGAGGAUUUUGAUCAAAGGAGGUACAGUUGUGAAUGCACAUCAUCAACAACUUGCUGAUGUAUAUGUGGAAGAUGGUAUUAUUGUCGCCGUGCAGCCAAACAUUAAGGUUGGGGACGAAGUUACUGUACUCGAUGCUACUGGAAAGUUUGUCAUGCCAGGAGGAAUUGACCCCCACACGCACCUCGCCAUGGAGUUUAUGGGUACAGAGACUAUUGAUGAUUUCUUCAGUGGUCAAGCAGCAGCAUUAGCUGGUGGAACAACUAUGCAUAUAGACUUUGUUAUACCGGUCAAUGGAAAUCUGGUGGCUGGUUAUGAAGCCUAUGAAAACAAAUCCAAAAACUCCUGCAUGGAUUACGGUUUUCAUAUGGCUAUCACAAAGUGGGAUGAUGAUGUUUCCAAGGACAUGGAGAUAAUGGUCAAGGAAAAGGGUAUCAACUCUUUCAAAUUCUUCCUAGCGUAUAAAGGAUCACUUAUGGUCACUGAUGACCUCCUCCUCGAAGGUCUUAAAAGAUGUAAAUCCCUCGGUGCCUUGGCCAUGGUUCAUGCUGAAAAUGGAGAUGCAGUGUUCGAAGGACAGAAGAGAAUGAUUGAAUUGGGAAUUACUGGUCCAGAGGGUCAUGCUCUUUCAAGGCCUCCUGUGCUUGAGGGAGAAGCCACUUCGCGAGCAAUUCGUUUAGCUCGUUUUGUUAACACGCCUCUCUAUGUUGUUCAUGUGAUGAGUGUUGACGCAAUGGAUGAGAUUGCUAAAGCUCGAAAAGCAGGGCAGAAGGUUAUUGGAGAGCCUGUUGUGUCUGGAUUAAUCCUGGAUGAUCAUUGGCUUUGGGAUCCUGACUUCACAAUUGCUUCCAAGUAUGUCAUGAGUCCACCAAUUAGACCAGUAGGCCAUGGGAAAGCCCUACAAAAUGCCCUUUCAACAGGAAUCCUUCAGCUUGUAGGAACUGAUCACUGCACAUUCAAUUCUACACAAAAAGCUUUGGGACUUGAUGAUUUCCGCAAAAUACCUAAUGGUGUUAAUGGUCUUGAAGAACGGAUGCACCUGAUAUGGGACACGAUGGUGGGGUCUGGCCAAAUCUCUGCUACUGAUUUUGUUAGAAUAACCAGCACAGAGUGUGCUAAGAUUUUCAACAUCUUUCCACGGAAAGGAGCAAUCCUUCCUGGCUCGGAUGCAGACAUUAUCAUACUGAACCCAAACUCAAGUUACGAGAUUAGCUCAAAGUCUCAUCACUCAAGAUCCGACACUAAUGUCUACGAGGGCAGAAGAGGACAGGGAAAAGUUGAAGUGACAAUAGCGGGAGGACGAAUAGUAUGGGAAAACGAUGAGCUUAAAGUAGUUCCAGGAAGUGGCAAAUAUAUAGAGAUGCCUCCUUUCAGCUACCUUUUCGAUGGGAUCGAGAAAUCUGAUGCUAACUAUCUAUCUUCUCUUCGAGCUCCAGUUAAGCGUGUCAGGCCUGAAUCUACAUAAAUCGCAAGUAUCAUCAUCUGCAUAUUCAUCAUUUGAUUCUAUACAAACAUUUUGUACAUAACUUUCUUUCUUAACAACAAGAUCUUAAAAACUAUUUAUGAAUAAAAGCUGUUCUCUGUU